AAAUGUUUUACAACUUGGAGUUGGAUUCUUUUUUAUUUUCUUGGCUUUUAAUUCUCAAGGAUUUAUUGAGGAAAGUGUGCUUGAUGGAUAUACAAAAACUGGUCAGUUUGUCAAUUAUUUAUGCGAGUUUUACUGUUUGUAAUUUUGUGGCGCCUCCAAUUAUUAGAUUGUUAGGGACAAGAACUUCUCUAGUUACCGCUGGACUUGUUUAUGUAUUAUUUCUUGCCGGUUUUCUCAAUGUCCAUCAAUGGUUUCUUUAUGCAACUUCUGCUUUACUUGGUCUAGCUGCUGCAGUUUUGUGGACAGCACAGGGAAAAUAUUUAACUUUAAACAGUACUCCACAAAGUGCUGGCCGUCAUAGCAGUCUUUUUUUGUGUUGUGCUCAGGCCUGCCUUUCAUGUGGUGGCCUUUUCUUAUUAAUUGUCUUUUUAUUAGCUCCCGAUAAUGAAAAUAAUAACCAAAUAUUACAACAAAACCAAACAACAACAAACACUUCCUUUACUUCCGAAAAUGUUAAACUUCUUUACAGCUUUUUUACAGGAAUUGCUUUAAUUGGAGUGAUUGUAUUAUCCCUUUUACCUCCAACACAAAGAAAUACUCAGGAACAACAGAAUAAAGAAGAAAAGGAAGAAGUAUUUAUUUUGACAGAAAUUAAUUCAAUUUUUAAAAUUGCCAAAACACCAAAAAUGUUGGCUUUAGCUGUUGUAUUUGCCAAUACUGGAAUUUUAUUAAGUUUUUGGAGCAGUAUUUUCCCAACUUCAAUAAUAAAUACAAUUAUAUUUCAAUCACAAUUUAGUCCAAAAAUAUUAAUUGCAUUUAAUGGAAUUGUUAAAGGGGCUGGACAACCUUUUUUAAGCCUAAUUUUUGAACGUUUACAACUUGAUAAAAUCAAAAAAAGUCGUAUAAUAUUUGUUGGUGUAUUAAUUCAAUUUUUGGCAAUUUUGCUUUGUUUUGUAAAUUUACCUAAUGAAUCCCCUUUAAAUCAAACAACAAAUGAAGCUAUAAUUAAACCAAGGGUCUGGAUUGCUCUAAUUUGUGGAUUUCUCCUAAGUUUUUGUGAUGCUUGCUGGUCAACACAAAUUUUUUCCUUUUUAAUAAUUAAUUAUCCUACACAAAGUGCACAGGCUUUUGCAUUAUUGAAAUUUUAUCAGUUUUUUCUCCCCAACCGCCACCAACCUCCAAAAUUUCUAUAUUUAUUUUCUAAGUCAUUAUUAACUUCCCUACUUUUCUUCUUUUCUGGUUACAUGUCUUUACAUUGGCAUUUAUUUAUUCUUUUAAUUUCUGGAGCACUUGGUUAUUGGGCAUUUGCAGUUGCUGAGAAAAUGGAAAUUGUUAACGAAAAAAAUAGAAGAAAAAUUGAUCCGAUUGAAUUAAGUUAA